UGCUUGAUUUUGUAGCGCCACCAUGAGAAGACGACAAAUUAACACCGACAAUGACAAAUUGUCCGGUUUACCACAUUCGACAACCGGUUCAUUAAGCUCAAUCAUCACGACGUCCAUAGCAUCCUCAGAACCUGAUCCUGGAGCGGGCGGCGGCGGUGGUGGUGGCAAUGGUGGUCCCGGCAGCCUCGGUCAUGAUGGCCAAAGUAGUGUGGAUGAGAAAAUGGCCCUCAAUCGACCGGGAAUUAAACAGGAAAAAUGGACAACGAUUUUAAUACAGGUUUCAAUACCAUUCUUUUUGGCUGGUAUUGGUACAAUUGGAGCUGGUAUUAUAUUGGGCAGAGUAGAGAAAUGGCGCGUUUUCAAAUCGGUUAGUGAACUCUUCAUUUUGGUGCCCGCUCUCUUGGGUCUCAAAGGCAAUUUGGACAUGUGUCUGGCGUCACGCCUCUCAACUCAGGUGAAUUUAGGCAAUAUGACAUCGCGCAAGGAGAUCAUCCGGAUGAUUGUUGGCAACAUUGCAUUGGUGCAGGUGCAGGCCACUGUUGCAUCAUUUCUCGUUGCCAUGUUUGCGAUCGCUGUCGGUGCUGCCAUGGAUGGUAAUUUCCAAUUUGAACAUGUUAUGCUGCUGAUAGCAUCGGGCAUGUUUACGGCAACAUCAUCGUGUUUUGUAUUAGACUUUGUAUUAGUGGCUGUGAUAUUAUUAUCUCAAAAGUAUAAAUUGAAUCCGGAUAAUUUGGCGACACCGUUGGCGGCAUCCAUUGGGGAUGUUGUGUCGAUUAGUUUGUUAUCAUUUAUUGCAUCGUUGCUAUUCGAUCACAUAAAAACCCAUUUAUGGAUAACCUUUGUUGUGAUCGCUUGCUAUUUGAUUUUACUGCCAAUGUGGGUGACCGUUGUGCUUAAAAAUAAAUAUACUCGCCCAGUGCUCAAGAGUGGUUGGGUACCGGUAUUAUCGGCUUUAUGUAUUAGUGGUUUGGGUGGUCUUGUUUUAGAUGCUGCUGUUGAUGUAUUUAACGGUUUCGUGGUAUUCCAACCCAUUAUUAAUGGUAUUGGUGGUAAUCUGGUUUCAGUACAGGCUAGUAAAAUAUCAACCAUGUUACAUCAAAGUUCAAUUAUUGGUAUUAUACCGCCACAUACGAAAGUCUUUGAAUGGCCCUGGAAGGCACUAUUCAAAGGAGUACCCUAUGCUAAGACAGCUCGUUUGUUGAUCAUGAUGUCAAUUCCCGGUAACAUUGUCUUCAUAUUUGCCGCAGAUUACAUUCACAUGUCACAGUCGACAGUUACCGUCUACUUUGCCCUAUCAUAUGUGGUGGCAAGUUUAAUACAGGUUAUGCUCUUAAUGUACAUUGCCCACAUUAUUGUCCACGCGAUGUGGAAAUGGAAAAUCGAUCCCGAUAAUUCUUCAAUUCCCUAUUUGACCGCCUUGGGUGAUUUGCUGGGUUCAAGUUUAUUGGCCUUGGCAUUCCUUUUCCUGCUUUCAAUCAACAAAGAAUAUGGUGCCGGUUAUGAUGUACUGAAUGCCUCAAAUUAG